AUGUCGUCUCCAGUAUCUAUUGUCUGCGUGGGCAUGGCAGGCUCGGGAAAGACUACAUUUAUGCAAAGAAUCAACUCUCACCUGCACUCCAAUAAUACUGUGCCUUAUGUGAUCAACCUAGACCCCGCAGUACACUCGGUGCCGUUCGACAGUAACAUCGAUAUCCGAGACUCAAUCAACUACAAAGAAGUUAUGAAGCAAUACAACCUGGGCCCUAACGGUGGAAUCUUGACAUCGCUCAAUCUAUUUGCGACCAAGAUUGAUCAGAUUAUUGCCCUUUUGGAAAAGCGCACCGCUCCAAACCCCGAGAAUCCCUCAAAGCAAAUCAAACAUAUCAUAGUCGAUACCCCCGGUCAGAUUGAAGCCUUUGUGUGGAGUGCAUCUGGUAGUAUUCUUCUGGAAACCCUCGCGUCGUCAUUCCCUACAGUGAUUGCCUAUGUCAUCGAUACUCCGCGCGCCAGCUCGACUAGCACAUUUAUGAGCAACAUGCUGUACGCGUGCAGUAUCCUUUACAAGACCAAGCUGCCAAUGAUCCUCGUUUUCAACAAAACAGAUGUCAAAGAUGCAGAAUUCGCCAAGCAAUGGAUGACUGAUUUUGACAAAUUUCAGGAAGCUCUGCGAGGAGAAGAGGAGACAGGUGCAUUCGGAGGCGAGGGUGGUGCCGGCGGCUUCGGUUCUGGAAGUGGAUACAUGAGCUCGUAUUUGAACAGUAUGAGUUUAGUGUUGGAGGAAUUCUACAAACACUUGAGUGUCGUCGGUGUCAGCUCUAUGACAGGCGAUGGCGUGGACGAGUUCUUUGAGGCUGUGGAAGAGAAGCGCCAGGAAUUUGAGCGCGACUACAAGCCGGAGCUUGAGCGCAAAAAGAAGGAGCGCGAGGAAAGCAAAGAUGCCAAGCGUGAAUUGGAAUUGGGUAAGUUGAUGCAAGAUAUGAAUGUUGAUUCGUCGGGCCGCCGAGCGCGCAAGGGCCCUGAGACCGGACCGGACACCAUUAGCGACGCUGAAGAUGAUGAAGAGGACGAGAUCAUCAAGCGGGGAUUGGCCGAUGGAGAGUAUGAUAGCGAGGAUGACGACUAUGAGUACCCCGAGCCUAGUGCCGGUAAUAAUGAGGGUCUCUCCGAGCGCUAUAAGCAGGCUCUUGCCGGCCAACAGAGUGCCCCUUCAGACCAGGACCACAGCUUCACUCGGUUCCUGGCUGCCAAUCAAAUUAACCAGUGA